AUGGGCUUUGACCAAGGGAUCAUGCCUUCAAUGCUGCAGAAUCAAAACAUGCUCUCUUUUCAAUCAGGGAGUGGGUAUAGCAAUCCACAGGGGAUAGCAGGUCCUGUAAAUUUGGGGAAUUCUGGUUUGUUCUUCACUGGAAACCCUAGCUUGGUGAAUAAUAGCAUAGCUGCUGUUGGGGGUCAAGCUGGGGCUUCGUCGAGCAAUACGCAGCUCGAACCAGUUCCCGGGAUCAGGCAGGAUUCUGGGUUGUCGCUAGAGUGGACUUUUGAGGAGCAGAAUAUGCUGAAACAAGGGCUUAUUAAAUAUGCUGGUGAACAUGGUAUGAUGAAGUAUAUCAAGAUAGCUGCAAUGAUGCGUCGGAAGACUGUAAGGGAUGUUGCUUUGAGGUGCCGGUGGCUAGCUUUAAUGAUUUAUACAUGCAUAUGGUGAGGCUCCUCAACAAAGGAUAUGGAGUUAUGGACCCAUGAUUAGGUGAGGCUCUUCGUAUCAGUAGAGGCUCCUCAAUGAAGGAUAUG